UUCACAUAUUUACAAGUGUACAAGGUGCAGGAAGUACAGACGGACUGCACAGGAACCUAAGAUGGCAGAUUUGCCUGAAGAAAGAGUGGAAAUGACACCUCCAUUCACAUACUGUGGCAUGGAUUGCUUUGGUCCAUUCUAUGUGAAGGAAGGAAGGAAAGAACUAAAAAGGUAUGGUCUUCUCUUUACAUGCAUGUGCUCAAGAGCCAUACAUAUUGAGAUGUUGGAUGAUCUUACAACAGACGCUUUCAUCAACGUGUUGCGUGCAUUCAUCGCAGUACGUGGAAACGUAAGACAGUUGAGGAGUGAUCAAGGCACUAACUUUGUGGGUGCACAAAGGGAGUUCAUGAAUCCAAUGAAGGACCUAAAUCAUGAACAACUCAAAGAGUAUGGAUGUGAGUUCAUCACAAACUUUCCAUCAUCCAUUCAUAUGGGAGGUGUAUGGGAGAGACAGAUCCGAACAAUCAGAAGUGUUCUAACUGCAAUUCUAGAUCAAUCAGCUAAAAGACUUGACUGUGCAUCGCUUAGAACUUUUCUGUAUGAAGUGAUGGCUAUUAUAAAUAGCAGACCUCUGACAACAGAGCAUUUAAACGAUCCAACAAGCUUGGAACCUCUCACUCCCAAUCAUAUUCUUUUGAUGAAGUCUGGAAUAAUAUUGCCUCCUCCUGGCCAGUUUGUGAGUCAGGACCUGUACUUGCGUAAAAGGUGGCGCCAGGUGCAGUUCCUGGCAAAUGAGUUCUGGACUAGGUGGAAGAACGAGUAUCUUCUUAAUCUUCAGCAGAGGCAAAUAUGGCAAAGAGACAGAAGAAACGUUAAGGUUAAUGACAUUGUCAUCCUCAAAGAGGAUAAUUCUCCAAGAAAUCAGUGGAAGCUGGCAAAGGUGGCAGAAGUGUAUCCUAGCAAGGACGGAAAGGUUAGGAAAGUUAAACUUCUGAUCAGUGACUCAUCUUUAGAUAGUAAAGGAAGACGUAUUUCAAAGCCAGUUUAUUUAGAUAGACCGGUGCACAAGAUUGUUCUACUGCUUGAAGCAUAGUAAAGGUUAUACCUUAUUUUUAGGUAUAUGCUAUGCCUGUAUGAUCUUCAAGAGUUAAGUGAAAGUUCGAUUGUUCAGUGAAAUCCCAGACAUUGUGAUUUAGUGGGAGUUUAACUGACAUAAAUGUCAAGUCAUGUUUAUAUUUUAUUUGCAUAUUUAUUGUGUGUUUAUAAUUAUUUGAUUGUUAAUGCGGACCCGGAACAAAGUUUGUGUUCCGCCGGACAUUUUUGCUGGUACACGAGUGAGAAGCAUGUGGAGAGAAGUGAAGGUACAAGCAGGCAAGAAAGUGAAGGUUAAGCAUUUAUUUUGGGAUUUUUGAUGAUUCGUAACCAUUCCCUCUGGGGUGUGCAGCCAGCGAGUUCGACGGUGGAUUUGUUCGGACGUAAGGAGCAACAAGUGCUCAGAAGGAAAGAAUAAAUUCAUCUGUGAUGAUAAAGAA